CAUGUACCUUGAAAAAAUAAAUCCACAGUUAAAAAACAAUACUUAGUAAGUAAUUGAGUAUCCCUACUUUAAGCUGAUGGAUAGGAACUAUUUAGAGUUAUAUAGCUUGUUGGAGGUGCUGUGCAAGUUAAAAAAUUAGCUGUUUUUUAUGUGGAUGGUAAUAAAAAGUUGCCAGAAUAUUUAUAUGCGGUUGGCCCAUCCUAAUAAGUAAACUUCUCAUUACUAUAUAAAUAAGAAUAUAUUAAUCGCCAAGAUGAAGUUACAUUAUGAAUUAAGCC